AAUUCUGAGGAUGUCCGAUGUAAAUGCAUCUGCCCUCCUUACAAAGACCAUUCUGGCAAUAUUUACAACAAAAAUGUUUCACAGAAAGACUGUGAUUGUCUUCACGUGGUUGAGCCUAUGCCUGUCCCUGGGCCGGAUGUAGAGGCGUAUUGUCUACGUUGUGAAUGCAAGUAUGAAGAGAGAAGUUCUGUCACAAUUAAGGUCACAAUCAUCAUAUACCUGUCUAUUUUGGGCCUACUUCUUCUGUACAUGGUGUACCUUACACUGGUGGAACCUAUACUGAAGAGACGUCUCUUUGGACAUUCACAGCUCAUACAAAGUGAUGAAGACAUUGGGGAUCACCAGCCUUUUGCCAACGCCCACGACGUGCUGGCUCGCUCCCGGAGCCGCGCCAACGUGCUGAACAAGGUGGAGUACGCCCAGCAGCGCUGGAAGCUGCAGGUCCAGGAGCAGCGCAAGUCUGUCUUUGACCGCCACGUGGUCCUGAGUUAACUGUCUCAGGAAAGCAGCUCCGGGGCAGUGGAGUGGACUGGUGGAAAGAGCUGGCUUAAUGUCUUCCUGAUCCUGCCAAUUCAGAAGGGUUUGCUUGAAUGGUUCAUCGUUGAUUUAAAAUAUAAAAUAGAGAAAAAAGUAUUUGAACUUUGAAGGAAUGUACGGGAAUGGAAGAAAUUUCAAAAGAUCAGUUAAACAAAAGCUAAAAUCUUUGUUUUCCAAUGGCUUUUACUAAUAAAACUGAGAAGAAAACAAACCUUA